UAGUCGGUGAAAAAAAUCGAAUGAUGGAAUCACCGAGGGAACGUUGUGUCUAUCAGGUGCAAGAAGAUAUUUGCCACCGAUGUUAUGGUGUUGAACUUACAGCAUCGUGACUCAUCGCUGAUGAUGCACCAGGUUAAAAAAGAGAUGCCGGAAAUGAAACUUUCUAAAAUAGUACAUUCAGAAUAGAGCAAAACAAUGCGCCCAGGUGCUGUUUCCACAGCAAGCAGCAGCUACAAAGAGCCACGGAGACCAGAAAGCGGAAGCCGGCACAAUGCGGAAGGAGAGCUCGUUAAAGCGGGGGGCUAUACUUCUACCGGAGAAGCAGAGCGCGCAACAUCCCGACCAGAUACUUGUUUCAGAAGCACGAGGACUUCAUGUCGUCGAUUCACCAAGCUCCUGUUGUUUACAAUCACCACCGCAUCGUGGCCACUCCCAAUCGCCGCGGUCUACGACGAUCUCAACGACCUGAAAGCAGAAAUCGCCGAGCAAAUGCAGAACGCACCGAAAAGCGGAAAGAGCCAGAAGUAUCGUGGGAAAUAAAAUGUUUUGGUACUGCUAGUAGCAUCGAGGAGACAUGAUUGUUAGCGAAGUUUGUAAUGGGGUGGUGCGCAAUUUCUCAGGCGCGGUGCAGUGUGAGCGGGUGCUAGGUAGCAGGUUAUUCUACCUCCGUGCAUGACUGUAAGCAACAUGUCGGAAACUUGUACAUGUUGAAAAAGUAGCAUCCUCGUCGAUUCUAGCAAAGAAAAUAUUUUCUAGCAUAGCAAAGCCACCGCGUUCUCCGAGCUGUCAGACAUCGCAGAAACAAUUUCGGAUUUUAUGAUAAUGCACAGCAAUUUCUCCUUCCCGCUGGAUUUGUAAACGUAGGAACAGGAUGAUUUGCAACACCGGCAGAAGUGCAGCAGUUGUAUCGGAAAGGCCCCACAGUAGAGACGAUCGCAGUGACUGCUCUUUGCUGGGGUGAAGCUUGUCAUGCAAUAGCGUACAGCUCGCAGCUACAGGGUAACAGCUGGAGUUGCACUUCUGCAUGACAAAUACAGCAAAGGAAGAGUUAAUUGUGCAACCUCAUACCGUUCCAGAAAAAGCGGGAGGAGGUGGUCAUCGCGAGUGAGAAAGCCUUGGACAAGGCUAUGACCAGCUCAAACGUUACAAUCUCUAGUGUUACAAUAGAAAUGCAAACUUGUGAUGCAAAGAGAGCAUUGUCUCGCCUACCGUCAUAGGAUUACGCAUGACAAGUUCCGGAGGUCCAAACCCCAUGAGAAUUAUCUGGCGAAAUUGGUAUUGCGGAAAGCGGAGCCCUCUGUGGCUUUCUCGUGUUGUUCAUGCUAGACAAAAUCGGAAUUCUUCUAUUCGUAGCAUUUGAGAUUGUAACACAUGAGCACGUUAUAAAGGCCAGCCACCUGUUCAACGACUUGUUAGCAGAGUCCAAGCAGAUCAAAGCCUUGGAAGCGACCAACGCCGCGGAGCUAUCAAAGGGAAAAAUGUCCCCACCCGGGAUGUUGCAAAAAUUUGUGAUGCAAAGUUUCCCAAUGGAAACUUUUUGUCUUGCAUGAAAGGACAACUAUGAGUCUUUCUGAUGCAGCAUCUAGGUGAGCAAGAAACUCUUACAUGGCAGGCCCGGCUGUUGCUAGGGUCUUGUGCAACGCAAAUGUUAGCUAUUCAGCAUUGAAAAUUUGUGAUGCUGAAACAUGCAGGAGGAGGAAUAUUUCCAUUGGAAAGCUUUGCAAUACAAAUGCUGCCAGGAGAUUAUGGGGUGGGGGCGUUUUUCAUUGCAAUAGGAGCGGAAACGCGUUGCCAGUUCCGCGGACCACUCGAAAGAGAUUCUGAAUCACAUCGGGUGAUAUUACGGUAGAUCAAGGUGAUUUUAAUGCUCAGCAACACUUACGCCCUGAAUCCGUGGUGUUUCUUUACUCAGUACUUACUCCAAGGUCGAGGAUUUAGUACAGCGAGGAAUGGUCCUGGGCCUCGAAAACUUCGCCCUGAAAAGAGCAAAUAAUGAAACGUCGCUUCGCUCUGAAAAGCGCAAUUGAAACACACUGCCACGCUUCGUAGAAAGAACGUACAUACUGCAAGAGAGUGAUUUCGAAGAAAACAAGCGCCAUGCGGCGCUGUUGACUCACUAUUUGGCUUUCUUCAAAGAUAGAUCUUUUGCCGAUAAAAGAUCAGUGUACUUUUAGGUUCGUUGUAGUACUAUGCGAGCAAUUUUUAGUCCUGCACAAAAAUGAUCCCUAUCAAUUUUACACGACCCACGAUGGGCAGCAACGCACGAAGAACCGCAAGAGAUCCUUCAGUUAGUACUGGGUGGAUUUACCGAUAGUUUCCUGAUUUAUUUUACACAGCACGACCGAUUUUGGAUUUGCUCUGCCCGGGCAUGAAGAUCAUCUCUCACGACCCAGUUCUACAGAAGUGCCACACUUGAUUUAGAAUUUCGCAGCCGUGUGCUGGUAGCAUGGUGUCUUUUUCUCCGCGCGAGCGAUAAAGUGAGUAUUUGUACAGGCAUAUUUGAAACUAGCCCAUCCGUGCGGCCGUGCCGCGUGCGAGAGAGGAACCAAAAGAACAAAAGUGAACUGCUCAAAGAUGCGCACACAACGCAAAAGUGAAUUGCACAAAGUUGAAAGUGGC